AUGCCUUCUCCGGUAGAAUUCCCCCCGGACCACAUGUUCCUGUACAAACCCAUCCCCGGGGUACAGUAUGGAGGCUGUCGAGCGCUCGUCUGGCUACCUAGAGCCAAGGAUCGAUCGCAACCCGGAUCUAGUGGGAAUGUUAGGGGUGCGGCGGCGCCGUUAGCUCUGAUGUAUCACGGCGGAGCCUUCCAAACCGGCUCAGCGCUCGACAUCCCCUAUGCCCAAGUCCGGUAUCUCUUGGAUCGGGGAGUCGUGGUAGUCUCGUUCAGUUACCGGCUUCUACCUCACGUCGAUAUGACGGCGAUCAUCUCAGACCUCCUGGAUUCGUACAAAUACGUCCAGAGCCAAACGGGCCUGCGAGCAGACCUACACAAAGCGGGAGCCUUGAUCGACAUCGAUCCCCGUCGAUGCGCCGCCCUGGGUUGGUCUGCUGGGGGGAGUAGCGUUAUUUAUCUCGCCGCCGCGAUCGAGCAAGCCAACCAGGCACAUCCUGAUGAUCCGCCAUUACCCCCUCUGCAAUGUAUCGCCCCUACCUACCCCCUCGUCAGGCUGGUAUUCGACGAACCGCUAUCCAAAUGGGACCGCGCUCUACAGUCAAAUCCGUUCUUGAAGCGAUACUGGGAUCAACUUAUGGCGGAACCGUGCGGGACGGACCAUCGGCUCGACGCUUCAAAGAUGCUCUUGGCUUCAGAGGCCAUCUUUGGAGUUGACGGACGACCGCCAGUGCCAGGGAUUCUUUCGGCAGAGGACAGCAGGCUGGCCUACGUGACACAGGCAAGUACCCGGGACCGGCCUGGCGAGUAUAUCGUCCGGGUCGAUGGGAACCUCGGCUCGAUCAUGUGCGGGACAGACGCUCCCUUCCCCGAUGAAAUGCACCCGAUCAACCUCGUCACACCGACCUUCCCUGCGACCUGCGUUGUCAUGGCCGACGCCGACCAGCUCGUCCCCCCCUCACAGAGUCAGGAACUGUUCGACCGCUUACAAGCGCUUGGAGUGGAUUCCAAAUUCGUCGUUGCGAAAGGGAUGGGACACGGACCGGCCGAGGCGCAUCAGACUGAUCCGGCUUGGCCAGAGGGGAACGACUGGUGGGAAAAUGCUAUUCGUCCUAGUCUCGACUUUGUGUUGGAUCGUAUCUCGGCAACAAGCGAGGCUUGA